AUGCCUUCGACACGGCCCAACGCGCAGUCGCCAAUCCUCGAUGCCGAUGGUGUCCUCGACAACAUCGACACCAUCCGCAUCCCCGAACCACACGGCACCUAUCUCCAAACUCGCGGCGCCCGCGCAGCUCGUCGAAUCUACAAAGCCAUGGGCGUCUGGCCCUGGGACAUCGUCCCUGAAGCGCCCCCCAAGAUGUGGGCCAUCAACCUGCUUGAGGAUCUAGCCCUCGUCGCAGACCAUGUCGCCAGAAAUCCCGGCGACACUCUACAGGAUCUCCAAUCAGAACUUCGCAAGUCUCUUGCGCGCGAUCGCAAACCUUCGUAUGCUGGGAAGUUGAUGGCACAGGACGUUCAUGCGGCCAAAAAGCGAUUUGUGCGGACCAUGCCUCAAUCGCCAGAUGCACAAGACGAUACCGGUGAUGAUAUCGGCACCGUUGAGAGGCGCUCUGGGCGGCGGCGGAGAACAGCAAACUAUAGCGCGCCAGAUUCCCCAAUUGAUCCAUCGCGAUCGCACCGACAUACUUCCUCAGAGGAGAGUGAGGAGCUCAUGGCCUCGUCUAUCACCGUCGCCUCAGAGUUUCCCCCAUCUCCCCCUGUACCUCGCAGUGUCAAGCAUUUAAAACGACCAGCUUCAACGAUACCCACACCAAUAGAAAAACGAAUCCGCCAUAGUUCACCAGAAGGAUCGCGUCUCUCUGCCGCGCAGAGUCUAAUGAUGUUUAGCUCUCCAAUGGCUACGUUCCAAAUGGCUACAUCUUUCGGCCCUAAUGCAACAGCCAGCGCCACUCGCUCACUCGAGCCAAAUAACCUCCAAGAAGCGUUACAACCCGCCACAAACGCUUUUGUUACGGCCAUUGACGAUCACGUCCGAACGAUACGUGCUUCGCUCGCCAUAGCGCAGCAGGAAAUAUUUCCCCAUAGAACGGUGCAUCAAGAAGCGAUGAGUAAACUCCGUGCCGCGCAAGAUCGUGUCCAAGCAAUCCACGACGACAUAGCCGAGUCGCAAGAGAAACUACGACAGCUUAUCGCAGAGACCGCCGCAGAAGACGCCCUAGCGCCACAGCUCCACGCGCUCCAGGAAAAUAACAUGUCUCUGCCGCCUGAAAUAGCCCAAGCAAUACGCAGCUACGACACGCGCCGAGCAGCCAAGAGCGAAGAAAUAAAGAACCAGGAAACGGCCAUCAGCGCCAAAGGAGAAGAGCUAAAGAGGGCGACCUCGGACCUCGAGGUCGCCGAGAAGAACUCGGGCGACGUGGAGUCCGACAUCAGAGACCUCCAGGUUGCCGUGACGCGCGGGACAGAAGCAGCCCGGUUCGCCAGCAUGUUCAGCGUGAUGGUGCAGCUGGGCCCGGAGGGGCUUGCGAACAUUGAACAGAUAUACCCAGAGAUAGGCUCGCUGCUUGAAUCGCUGCUGGCGUCGAGGAAGAACCCGUCGCAGCGGGGCCAGAGUCAGAAUCACCAUAUGCAUAAUGUCGUGGACGGAGAAGAGACUAAUGGAUUGUCGGGAGUUUAA